AUGAGCGGAGACCGAAGGAUGCUCGAUGGACAAUCAUGCCAUCAUCAUUUUUUGGUGGAUUUGAGAUGUUCCAGUGGGCAGGAAGUGCAACAGGAAAUCCGUUUGACCCAUUGGAUGGAUGUAAAUCUUGGCUGGAAGUUGACCGUCUUCCGAUUAUUUGGCGCCGUGAAGAUUAUUGAUUUUGUUCGGUUUGAAGAGCUUAUGGAUUGCAUUCUGGUAGAAAUUGAGUAUUGGAACCACAUGGGUUUGCCUGUUCAGGAAGCAUCCAUCACUGUUACGGAUGUUACGGGCGUACCCCAACAAGAAGGGAUGUAUAGAGAGUGUGGUGUGUUUAUGUUGAUGUUCAUGGAUCAGUUUGUUUCAGGUCGACUGAUUGGUAUAUCGAUGGCACCUGUUGUUGCUGCUACUCAGUUUCGUUAUAGGAUGGCCAUGAUAUAUUAUGGAUCUUCUAUACAGUCGAUUUUGAGUUAG